AUGAUCAGAGGGAGGCCGGAUGAUCUACUGAACGCACACAAGAACCUUUCUCUUCCACAAAGGCAGCAUCGGAGAACUCCCCACACUCCAGCUCCAUCCAGUUUACCCACUCAUUACCGGGCCUUCCGCAGCUGUGAGUGGGAGGUAGUGGAGCGAUCGCUCAAUAUCCUGCAGGCCAGUGGCUUCUACUGGGGUCCCUUAUCUGUGAGUGAAGCACACGCCAAGCUACAGCAGGAGCCGGUGGGGACCUAUCUGGUGCGGGACAGCUCUCAGGGGAACUGCCUCUUCAGUGUGAGUGUUCGGAUGCCAGCGGGCCCAGUCAGCCUCCGGAUCUCCUUCCGGGAGGGCUACUUCUGGCUGAAGGACUGGUUCUCGGACUGCGUAGUUAAGCUGCUGGAGACGGUGGUAGCAGGAACCCAGGCCAACCCCAUCCACUGUGAUGAAAUGGGGGGAACCCCCCUGGUGUUCUCUGAACCCCUCUGCAGGAACCGCAGGGUUGUGCCCAAGUUGUAG